CACUAUGGCAUCGACGCUUCGGCCUCGCCCUCGAACGUUAAUGCCUGCAACUGGUGCGGGAAACGCAGUAGCUUUGCAACGGCCUACGCUGCCUCUGCUAGUUGUGUUCACGGAAAUCAACAAAAAACCCACAACUCUAGUGCUUAAGCGUAAGUUAUCCCUCCCAAAUGCACCCUUCUGAGGAUUGAGAAAAACACAAAUUUACACAGGUCGCAGUUGCUCCAGAUAUGGAGAUGCAUUUCCCUUCCUGCGACUGCGGCUCCCAGAAAGAGGUAAAGCAAGCGGAAUGUCGAAGGACAGUUCUCGAAUGCAACCCUCCGAAGCGGGAAAAGUUCACUAUAACUCAGCUUUCGGCUGAGGAUAGCACCAACGUGUCGUCGUGGAACAUCGCACUGUUCGGUCAGCCCCGGCAUCCUGAGCUAGACCAUGUCGAAACUUUCAAGGGCGUAAAGUGGCUUAGUCUUGAUGGGCAAACACCGGAGGAAAGAACUGAGCUUCAAGCCUGUCUUCGCAUCAUCAGUCAAAUAAGAGACAGACAGCAGAGGGAUUACAGAGCGCAAGAGGAUUUGAUAUCUAGACGAGCUGACCGACCUAAGGAACGGCAAGUGCGUGAUUUACCAGUGCGAACAUCGAGAGCAUCUUCUAUCCUAUCAAGUCCUAGCCUUGCUUCAGAGUCUUCCAAGUUCGGUUAUGUGUAGUUUUCCUUGACAUGCACAUGCGUUCCCAUGUCAAAUAUAAAGUUGGACUGGCGUUAGGUAAAUCAAAUAGAUCUCUAACAAUUAUGAUUGACUUGACUGC